AUGGAGAUGAAAACUUUGGAGGGCGAGCUGGAGGAGCUUGAGAAGGGCGUGGAGCCUGCGUGGGAAAGCUUGGUCCACCUGCUCAAGCGCAUCGUCGACAGGCUGAACGUCGUUGACCACAUCAAGGCCGUCAAGGACUCGCCCGACCUCCGUGCCGCCGUCGAGGAUGUCCAGGUAGUCUCUUCUUCUGUCACACUGCCUGUGAUCUGGACGAACGAAGUCGUUGAUUGGUUAGCGCAUCAUCCGAUGAUGAUGUUAUCUCCGUAUUUCUUCUUUACUCCAUGA